ACCAACGAAGUGUACAACCAACCGUUACAACGAUCAGCGACGAAGAAGAACCGUCACAAAAAACGAGGAUAUAUUGCAAAAAAAAAAAAAAUACGUCUGUGUUUGAGAGAGACGAUUUCCGGAGACAGUGUGCCAGUGUGUGUGUGUAAACGCGCUAAACAAAUCCUUUAACAAAGAAAUUUAAUUCAAAUUGCGUUUCAGAAAAACACAAAUAAAAAACAUAUAAAAUGAAGCCUUUCUGUGUGGUUUUAGUGGUUUUGUGCGCCGCUGGUCUGGCUGUGGCCCGACCAGAGCCCCCACGUGAUAGCUAUGCUGCCCCACCCCCAAGCAGUUAUGCCCCCAGUGUGCCAAGCGGUAGUUAUGGUGCUCCAGCCCCCGUAUAUGGACCACCACAACAAGCUCCAGUGAUACACAAACAUGUUUACGUUCAUGUCCCACCACCAGAGCCCGAGUAUCAAGCACCAAGAAAACCAAUUGUAGUGCCACCACCACAGAAACACUACAAAAUUGUGUUCAUUAAGGCUCCAUCACCACCGGCACCCACAGCACCUGUUAUCCCAGCGCUGCCACAGACUGAAGAAAAGACCUUGGUCUAUGUGUUGGUCAAGAAACCCGAAGAACAACCAGAAAUUGUCAUUCCCACACCGGCACCAACACAGCCCAGCAAACCUGAAGUCUAUUUCAUUCGUUACAAGACCCAAAAGGAGGAGACUGGACCCUACCCCAAUAGUAUUGCACCAGCUCCUUCUGGUGAUUAUGGUGCUCCAUCUGUACCCUCCGCACCAUCGGCGCCCAGCUCUUCGUAUGGUGUACCUUCACACUAAGGCGGAGAUGGCUUUCAGAAGAUGACAACGACAGAGACCAAAUAGAGAAAACCGCAACUGAAGAAUACUCAAUGUGAAACUGUGUUUUUUUACCUUCGAUUCGUUUAUGGACAGAUGACGACAACGACGACGGACGGAUAACUCAAGUUUAGUUAAUUAAGUCUCUCACUCUCACUCUAGCUCUGGCUCUUUGCCCUAUGCCCUUUAUCUGAACUUUUUUUGUCUAUUCUACCCCUCUACUUUGUUUUUUUAUAAUUAGUUGUAAGAAUUUUAUAAUUAUUUUUUUAUUUUUAUAUAAAAGCAACGAAAAAAACUUUUUUUUAACGUGUGACAAAUUAUUUAAUAAGUAUUUUUAGCAUUACAUAUAUAUAUUUUUUAUACAUAUUAUUGUUGUUUCUUCCUCUGAACAAGAAGAACGGAAGCAGGGAGGAAGAGAGGAUGACAAUAGCGGCCUAAUCAUCAAUCACCCACCAGUAUAGAAGAAAAGGAUGAAAAUGAAAAAAUCAUUUACCAGUCGUUAUCCCCCAACAUCCGAAUCCUCAAGCCCUUGCCAGGCAUUCUGUUUAGCUAGACUGUUUGUUUCAU